GGCAUGAACCCUCGCGGUAUUCACCACACUUUCCCCUGUAGGGACAUGACUGACAGAGUACUGGUAAUCGGCAGUGGAGAGACUGAGGAAGGCCUGUGCCGGGCCGUGGCACAAUCUGCUCACGUAAAGCAGGUUCUCUUUGCACCAGGGACUGAACGGAUGCCUGACAGCGAGAAGAUGGGAAAAUCAGCGGUGUUAACCAGCAACCCAGCAAUCUUAAAGCAGUUCUGCAAGGACCACAACAUCAGCCUGGUCGUUAUCAGCUCUAUGUCUCUCCUCGCUGCCGGUAAGUAUCUGUGUAUAUUAUAUAUCGGAGGAACGGUGGUCGGGGAGCUUCUUUAUGGAGCCACACUAAUGGCCGGCUAA